UUGUUGUCAAAAGCACGAGUCCUCCAUCACCUUAAACCUCGUCUCACCCGAGCAAUGAGCUCCCAGUUCCAGCUCCGAGUCAACCCACUCACCGGCAACUCGGAGUGGAUCGUCAUCGAAGAGAACGAACCAGAAUCCCCAACUCCCGACACUGCCCAAAAUGCCCUCCUCGCCACAACCUCGUACCUCGACAUGCUCAACGACUGUCCCAGGAACACAUCUUACCGCCAAGCCAUAGACAAGACCGUAACUCAACCUUGCCGUGUUCUUGAUAUUGGCGCCGGAACUGGGUUGCUGUCGAUGAUGGCUGCGCGGGCAAUGGGGUCGACGACAUGUCGUAUGGUGACGGCUUGUGAGUCGUACCUUCCAAUGGUGAAGCUAAUGAAGAAGGUUCUACGCUUGAACGACAUGGAAAAGCAGAUAAAGCUCAUCAACAAGCGUUCUGAUGAGCUCCAGUUGGGUGUUGAUAUCAGUUCAAGAGCUCAAGUUCUUGUUAGUGAGAUAUUGGAUUCAGAGUUAUUAGGUGAAGGGUUGAUACCUUCUCUGCAACAUGCGCAUGAUGUGUUGUUGGUGGAGAGUCCUGAAACGGUGCCGUUUAGAGCAACCACUUAUGGUCAGUUGGUUGAGAGCACAUUUUUGUGGAAGCUUCAUGAUUUACAUGGUAAUGAGGCGGAAGCGUGUGAUGGGAUUCGUCUUGUUCCAACCGGGUUUGAGGAUGUUUUGGCUGUUAAGCCGCAACAAUACGCGUUUCAUUGUGAUGCUAUAGCAAAUGAAGUGAAAUUGCUGUCGGAACCCUUCAAGAUAUUUGAAUUUGAUUUCUCAAAACGGCCAGAGAGUCGUGGAGAAACCGAGCUAUCUAUAAAGGCGACCAAUGAUGGUCGUGUUCAGGCUGUAAUUUCAUGGUGGAUACUCCAGCUUGAUCGAGAAGGGACAAUCUUUUAUUCCACUGCCCCUAGGUGGAUAAAUUUGCCAGUCAACAUUAGUCAUGGAGAUUGGUGUGACCAUUGGAAACAGUGUGUUUGGUUUGUCCCUGGUGAAGGUAUGUAUGUAAAGAAGGAUGAAGCAGUUUGUUUGCAUGCCGUUCAUACAGAUAUUAGCAUCUCCUACAGUAUCAAGAGCCCCGUAUCAAGAAACAAAAGUAUGCAGUAUGACUUAACUGGUAGGGAUUUCAAGCUCAUACUACCACCAGAAAGAAUUGCAAUUUAUGGAGACAGUGAAUGGAGGCAUACUAUGUUUAAGGCAAUAAGUAAAGCGAUACAGGGAAGAGUUGAUCCAUUAUGCAUUGUUGCAGAUGACAGCAUCUUCUUAACUCUACUCGUUGCACAUCUUUCUAAAACAUCACAUGUGAUGUCAUUUUUUCCGGGGUUGCAAGACAAGGGUAUGGAAUAUUUGCAUGCUGUCGCCAGUGCCAACAAUUUUUCAGUAGAUCGUGUAGAAUAUAUUAAAAAGAAGAAAACUAAGUUAACUGUGCAUGACACACAUCAGAAAAAGGUUGACCUGUUGAUUGGAGAACCUUUCUACUAUGGAACAGAUAGCAUGCUUCCAUGGCAAAACCUCCGGUUCUGGAAUGAGCGGACAAUGCUGGACGCCGUCCUGUCCGAAGAUGCAUUCAUAAUGCCUUGCAAGGCAAUACUGAAGGCUUGUGCAUUGUCUAUCCGUGAUCUUUGGAAUAGUCGUCGUAGCUUGAGUAAGAUUGAAGGUUUUGAUCAUUCUGUUAUAAAUUCCACCUUAGGGGCAUGUGGCGAACUACCUGGGGAGCAAGAGGGUCCUUGUCUGCCCUAUUUUAUUUGGCAGUGUGGAAAUGUUAAGAAACUCAGUGAAGCAUUAACGGUCAUGGAGUUUGAUUUCUCAAAGCCUAUAAUGUCAUCUCAUGGAAAAACUCAGGUUGAAUUUACCGAGCCAGGCAUAUGCCACGGGUUUGCACUAUGGAUUGAUUGGGUGAUGGAUUCAGAUGGCUCCAUUGUGUUGUCUACAGGGCCAGAUAAGAGGUAUUGGAAGCAAGGAGUAAAGCUUCUGGCCAAGCCUGUGGGAGUUGGUGAAAGUUGUUCUUCUGCAGUUAUUGAAGCUUCAUUUAACCCAUCAAGUGGCGACCUGGACAUUACACAAGCUUUCUCAUAG